CGGAAUAUUAUGAAGUUUGGAAAGAGGUUAAAAAACGAAUAUAGGGAAGGUUGGGCCGGAAAAUACAUAAACUACAAAAAAUUGAAACAGGAGCUUCAAAGUCAGACUUUUUCUGUUGGGGAUGGUAGCAAAAGCUUAGAAGAUUCAGAAGAAGAAUUUUUUUACUUGCUAUGUCAAGAGCUUGAGAGGGUUCUGGAUUUUUUUACUUCUCAGAAAAUAAUCACCCAAAAAAGACUAAAAACAGCUGUCCAACAAGUCUUUGAUUGUAAAGCCGAAGAAACAGAAACGCUUUUACAAGAACUAUGCUAUAUUCGCUCCAAUUUUAUUCACUUGGAAGAAUUUUUGGAUCUAAACUAUGCUGGUUUAAACAAAAUCUUAAAAAAGUAUGACAAACGGAUGCACUCGAACCUCUCCUUCAGUUUUUUUUCAAAUAUGUUACCACGUUAUAAAGUGUUCAGCACAAAGAAUCUAUUUCAGUCCGAAUGCAAGCAGAUCUCCGAGAUAAUAGAAAGUCUUGCGGCUGCAGCAGGUUUGAAGCUACUCGACCUUGAGCGCAAUCCCGAGGGCAAAUGCGUUGAGCAAGCCCUCACCAAGAACGACCCUGUCCUCUUGGCCAUGUGCACUAACGAGCUUUCUCUCAAGCAGUCCAGCCUGGAAGGCACUUUUUUAAGGGCUUGUCAACUCAAUGCAGUUGCCUGCGUCACUCACUUAGUGGAAUCUCUCGGUGUGAAGGUGGAUUGUAGAGACCCCGUUUCAAAACAAACAGGCCUUCAUCACGCCUGUACCGGGGGUUUUCUGCACCUAGUAAGAUAUUUGCUAUCGAAAAACAUUGAAGUCAACUGUAGAGACUUUCGCGGUCAGUCACCUCUUCUAUGCGCUGUUUUAAAUAAUCAUCCGGAAGUUGUAUUGUUGUUAGUGCACGAAUCCAACGUUGACCUGCAUCUGAUGGAUAAUGAAAUGAAGACGGCUCUUUACUAUGCGAUCACGCUGGAAAUGCAUAACAUACUCGAUAUAUUAAUUAAUAAGACCGACGUCAACCGCGUUUGCCAUGGCCUCCACGAGGAACUGCCGAUCUUUGUUGCCUCCCGUUUAGGGAAGGACAGAGUUCUCCAAAGUCUUCUUAAAAGUAAUGCGGAUGUGAAUACCUUGUCUUCCUCCGGCGAAAAUGCCCUCCACUUUGCAUGCAAGGCGGGCACCGUCGCUUGUUCCUCUCUGCUGAUCCAAACAGGAAUUGAAAUUAAUAGAAAAAAUUUGAAAAAUGGGCGAACCCCUCUUAUUGUGGCUGCUAGGAUGGGCCAUGCCGACUGCGUUCAGCUCCUCUUGGAGCACUUCUGCGACACAGGCAUACCAGAUAAUCAAAAUCUUACUGCUUAUGCAUACGCUGUUUACCGAAACAAAAGCUCUGUUGCAAGACUACUCAAACCUUUUGUUUCCCGGGAGUGUAGCUACAGCGAUUUACAGGACAUUCAGUGUACGCCAAAAAAAGAGCACUUUUCUGAUACCGGCAGUCAUCGGUCCGUUCACGUUUUAAAAAAAGAUGAGAAGUGCCUGCAGCUUAUUGUCGGACAGCAUACAGAAGCCCCCGCCUUCGAUUUGUAUCGGCUUUCCGAUGCCCAUUCGCUGAGGGCGCAGAUUAGAUGCAACGGGGAGAUGUGUUCGAAAUUCAACUUGCCGCUUGAGGACCCGCUUACAGUCGAUUGCCUCGUGUCUGUGCACGAGGCGUUCAACGUGGUAGUCGAGAUUAUUGACCGGGACAGCAUGGACUGCGUGGGAAGGUGCUGGAUCAUGCCUCCCGUAGAUAAGCAGAGCCACUACAUCCCCAAUAUAUCUGUGUUUGUUAUUGGAAACGACUUCAAACCCGUUGGAAAGUUUCACUACACGCUCUUGUUGAUAACGCCAUUUUUCCACGAGUCAAUGUCUUCUGACUUUCGCUCAUCUACUUAUGAGAACUUUCCGCUGAUUGGUCAUCGUGGCUCCGGGUCCAAUAAAACGGCUUUGCUGAAUACAAUGAAUAUCAGCGAAAACACGGUCUUGAGUUUUGUUACGGCCAAUCAGCGGGGUGCUGAGUAUGUGGAGUUAGAUGUCCAGCUCACCAAGGACAAAAUACCAAUCAUCUAUCACGACUACACCGUGAGUGAAACUGGCUUCAAUCUUCCUCUCAGUAGGCUUACCCUCAUAGAAUUUUUAGCGCUGAAAGACAACAAAAUCACGACUCCGCAGCCCAAGACGCUCUCUCGCAGCCGAAGCGAACACAGCCUGCUCGAGCACGAGGCUUUGAAGAUCAACGACUCUUUCCCUUCCCUAAAGAUGGGCCUGCUGGUUUCUCAUUUUUACCUGUACUUCUUAAUUUGGGCGCAACGAUCAGGAUGGCAGAACACGCCCACGAACAUUGGCUUCAACAUUGAGCUGAAGGUGCCACUAGAGGACGAGGCUGAGCGCGAGGGUAUCCCCAUGGUGGACCUGGACGACUACGGUGAGAAAGUGUUGGCUUGUGUGUUUGCAAAUGCUAAAGGCAGAAAGAUCCUGUUCUCCAGUUUCCAUCCAGAUGUUUGUUCCGUCUUUGCCAGAAAACAAAGCCGCUAUCCUGUUUACUUGCUAACAUCAGCGGGCUCCGAAAAUCAUUUGGACAUUCGUUGCAAUUCACUUCAGGGCGCCGUCCGAUUCGCCAAGUCCAAUAACCUUAGAGGCAUUGUUUCCAAGGGCGAACCUAUACUCGAAUGCCCCGAGCUCGUCGGCAUUGUAAAAUCGCUCAAUCUUGCUCUGAUCACGUGGGGAGACGAAAACAACAACGUCUCCAACGUGAGAUUGCAGCAGCUUUUGGGGGUAGACGCUGUCAUUAUGGACCACGUGGCUUGUGUGAAGAAAGGAUUGAGCUGAGCUACGGUUCUUUAGGAAGCCUGGACAAUGAAUCUAUCUCCUCGCAUCUAUAAUAAAAAUACUGUGAAUUAUGAUAUUUAGGUCGCACAGAGAUCUGUC